AUGGCUCCUUACUUUGCAAAGAUCGCCGCUUUGGCAGCAAUUGUCCUUCCAUUUGUUGCUGCUGCUCCAACGAGCACCCAUCACUUGAAGAUUCGCAACGUUGAUGCUACCGAUGUCGUCGCUGACAGCUACAUUGUCGUUUACAAGCAGGAUGUCUCUGCCGAAGUCAUCUCUUCUCACGUCGAGCAUGUCAACUCUUUGAUCUCAAAGCGUGACACUGCUGGUUCUAUCGGAGCCACCUAUGAAAUCGUCGACUUCAAGGGAUACCAAGUCAGCGCUGAUUUGGAAACCAUCAACGCUAUUGCUGCUUCUGAAGAGGUACCUAUGUUCAGCCACUUUUCUUUCGUUUAUAUUCUUACAUUUUUCAGGUUGCCUACGUUGAGAAGGAUGGAAUUAUGAGAACUCAAGCUCUGACCACUCAAACCGGCGCUCCAUACGGUCUUGGUCGUAUUUCCCACAAGUCUGCUGCAUCCACCACCUCUUACGUAUACGACUCAACUGCCGGUUCAGGUGUUACCAUCUACAUUGUAGACACCGGUGUCAACCUCCAGCACGUCGAGUUUGAGGGCCGUGCUACCUGGGGAGCAAACUACAUCUCUGGAUCCCCAGUAAGUAAUUUCUGGGAAACAUGCAAUUCUCAUAGCUAACAAAUACCAGAACACCGAUGAGUACGGACACGGAACUCACUGUGCCGGAACUUCUGCAGGAAAGACCUAUGGUGUUGCUAAGAAAGCCAGCAUUGUUGCCGUCAAGGUUCUCGACUCCACCGGAUCUGGAUCUACUUCAGGUGUUAUCUCAGGUGUUCAAUGGGUUGCCACAAACGCCCGGCCUAGAUCUGUUUUGAGCAUGUCUCUUGGAGGAGGAUUUUCCUCUGCUAUGAACUCUGCUGUUGCAGCUGCAGUCCGUGCCGGUUAGUGCUCAAAGUCCUAAGCGAGCGAGGAAAUUAUUUACGCUUCUCGGCUACUCCCCUGAGAAAAAACAAAUGCUAAUGUCCAACAGGUGUCACCAACGUCGUCGCCGCAGGUAACUCUGGUGCCAACGCUGCCAACUACUCUCCCGCAUCUGAGCCAAGUGCCAUCACUGUCGGUGCUAUCAGUAGCACUAACGCUCGUGCCUCAUUCUCCAACUAUGGUACACUUCUCGACAUCUUCGCCCCAGGCGUCAAGUAUGGCUUCUCCCUUAGAUUACCAUAAGGUAAACAGUCACUAAUACUCUUAUAGCACUCUCUCCGCAUGGAUCGGUUCCACCACCGCUACCAACACCAUCAGCGGUACCUCCAUGGCCACCCCACACAUCGCCGGUUUGGCCGCUUACCUCAUCGGCCUCGAGGGUCUUGCUACCCCAGCUGCCGUUCUCAGCCGCAUCACUGCUCUUGCCACCUCUGGUCAAGUCACCAGUGUUCAGGGUUCCGUCAACCUCAUCGGUUACAACGGUAAUGGUGCAUAA